UCAGAAAUGCCUUAAGCUGCGGCUAAGACGUUGGGAUUAUCCUUCCUGGAAUGCACACGCACCCCAAGGUCAAAUGGUCACCUCUUAAUCCGUCUUAAUUAGAUUCUUUGGCGGGCUAUAAAAGCAUUUUGACGGCACUUGCUCCAGGCCAUAGGUGACUCAAGUCAGAGGCCAGAAUGUCGGCCUACAAGGGAAACUAGAUUUAGGAGCGGAUCAAGCAGUAUGCACCUCAACGGCCCAAGUGGGCCACAGGCCUAUGUGAACGAUAGCUCCGGAGAUGGCAGCAUCUUUCCCAUGGGACACGGAUAUCCGGCGGAGUACCAGCACAUGGUGCACGCCCACUGGCGGGGAUUCCGAGAGGCCCCCAUCUACUAUCACGCCGGUUUCUACAUUGCCUAUGUCGUCCUCAUGCUGUCGAGUAUCUUCGGAAAUGGACUGGUCAUCUGGAUAUUCUCCACCUCCAAAUCCCUGCGUACUCCUUCUAACCUAUUGAUACUCAACCUGGCCAUUUUCGAUCUGUUCAUGUGCACCAAUAUGCCGCAUUAUCUCAUCAACGCCACAGUUGGCUAUAUAGUGGGCGGAGAUCUGGGCUGCGAUAUAUACGCUUUGAACGGAGGCAUCUCCGGGAUGGGAGCCUCCAUAACGAAUGCCUUUAUAGCAUUCGAUCGGUACAAGACAAUAUCUAAUCCAAUAGACGGACGCUUGAGCUACGGACAGAUUGUACUGCUGAUACUCUUCACCUGGUUGUGGGCCACUCCGUUCUCCGUGCUGCCAUUGUUCCAGAUCUGGGGACGUUACCAGCCGGAGGGCUUCCUGACCACCUGCUCCUUCGAUUACCUGACCAACACGGACGAAAACCGACUAUUCGUGCGCACGAUCUUCGUGUGGUCCUACGUGAUACCGAUGACCAUGAUCCUGGUGUCCUACUACAAGCUCUUCACCCACGUCCGCGUGCACGAGAAGAUGCUGGCGGAGCAGGCCAAGAAAAUGAACGUAAAGUCACUGUCGGCCAAUGCCAAUGCGGAUAACAUGAGUGUGGAGCUACGGAUCGCCAAGGCAGCCCUCAUAAUAUACAUGCUCUUCAUCCUGGCAUGGACACCCUACUCCGUGGUGGCACUCAUCGGAUGCUUCGGGGAGCAGCAGCUAAUCACGCCCAUCGUCUCGAUGCUUCCGUGCCUGGCCUGCAAGUCGGUGUCCUGUCUGGAUCCCUGGGUCUAUGCCACCAGUCAUCCCAAGUAUCGCCUGGAGCUGGAGCGCCGUCUGCCAUGGCUGGGCAUACGCGAGAAGCAUGCCACAUCCGGAACUUCCGGCGGCCAGGAGAGUGUGGCCAGUGUCAGUGGCGAUACUUUGGCACUCAGCGUGCAAAACUAAUGGUACAACUGACAGAUUAACGAAGUGAAGUCUUGCUAAAAAACAUACGUAUUAAGCUAAUUAGUUGUAGGUCGUGCAAUGAACUGAAAGAGUUCCAAAAAAUACAAACCAAAAAAAGUUGGCAUUCAAAAAUUAA